CAUGCCAGUGGUUCAGGAGCUUCUUUCGAAGCAGGCGAAGGUGGAUCAACUGAAUGGCGAUGGCAGCACAGCGCUGCACGCAGCAAGUCAUCGGUGUGAGGUGGAGAUCGUUGCUCAUCUCCUUGAAAGGAAGUCCUUGGUCAAUGCCUUGGACAACGAGGGAUGGACACCUUUGAUGUAUGCCAUGAAUUCCAACGCGGUCACAUCAGAGGGCCCUCGUCCCGAAUCGGAGCGCAAGGUGCACGUGGAUGGUGUGAUUGGAGCCAAAUCGACCUUGGAACUUCUUCUGCUUCACAAGGCGGACGUGAAUGCACAAUCUAUGGAUGGCUUAAGUCCUCUCAUCAUCGUCUCUGCUCACGAUCGACCGCAUGCAGCCAAGCAGCUGUUGAGUGCAAAGGCACAGGUCAAUAUGGCCAAUGCGAAGGGUCAGACUGCCAUGUUGAUGGCGGCCAACAACGACUUGCCGGUCGUGGCCAAGACUCUGAUCAUGGGCAAUGCCGAUGUGAAUCAGGCCAACACCAAGGGCGAAAGUCCGUUGUCCGUCUCCGAGCAGUUGGGCUUCAAAGAUGUGGUUGGGGCGACCCAGAGGGACAAGUCUGCACCAAACCCAGGGAGGCCAAAACCCCUGGAGACCUCCGACCCGAGGGUUCCAACUCGUCCUGCCAGGGAGCUUCGAUCCCCUGAGGGAGACGAGGAAUCAAAAGGGGGGUCGAGUAGGCCAGCCCAAAAGAGGGCCAAGCUUGGAAAGACCACUGGAGUUUUUGCAGUGGGCGCUUGGUCUGCGAGGUUGGAGAUAGCCGAAAUGUUGCAGGAGGGUAUCCCUGCAGAGGAAAUCCUUAGAGCUAUCGAGGGUUGUGAGGAAGCAGACCACCACCUAGUCCAACAUCGAGUCCCUACGCUUGAGGACGGACCCAAUAGGGGCAAGGCACCGGAAUCAAGGAGUGCAGGGCCGAGAGGGAGUCAGUCCAAUCCUCCGAGCCAGGAACCUGCGACCUUUGGCGCUUAUGGUCCAUGGCGUGCUGGCAGUGGGACCGGUAGCAAUACCAGUUCCUAUGAUCGAGCGGCAGCCGGUGCCGCGAGGGAAGGCGUCCCAAUUUGGGUCUCAUCGCAAACCGCUGGAGCCGCCUUUGCCAGGAAAGCUUUGGAUCCCAGCGAUAUCGUUCCUUCUCCUUCAACCCCUCUGGAGGACCAGGAGGAGGAGUCCCCUGAACCUGUGAGAGCUCAUGAGCGCCCAGUUGGGGAGGCCGUGGGGUUCAGUUUCAGGAAAAGAGCGGUGCCACAACCGCCCUCUCCUCCGGAGAAAGUGAAACCACCUCAACCCGUACAGCGGAGGAGGCCCACAAGGCACAACCCGCUAGAUCUGGAGAAGUUGAACUCCUUUCAGUCCAUGUGUCUCAAGAUCUUUGAAGAUCUGGUUAUACUCCAGGUGGAAAUGGAUCUUGUGGACUUUGUGACAGUUGAUGGGGGAAGCUCCAUUGAUGAGGAAAAGUUCAGGAUUAUCACUGAGCCUAGAUCCCCUGGCACAGGGCUCAGGUAUGCCAGACUUAUGACUAGAUACAUCGACAGGCUGUCCGUCGAGUCGUCAUCCGAGAAGGAGUCAUGCUCUCCCUUCAGUAUCCAGAGAGUCCAGCGGGAAAUCUUGUCAAUGAUCUCAGACGAGACCGGGUUCAUGACGCCGCUGAGUUUCAUCUACGCGCUUGAGCACUUCAGUGCGGUUUUUGGUUUUGCUUCGCCCGGAUCUAAGCACCCGAGGUGCAAGAAGCUGGCCCUGGAUUAUUCCAAGAAGGCGCCGGAGAAGAAGCAAGCCCCGCCUUUCCCAGUUUCCUUCCUGGACUACCUUGAAAAGGCAGUUCUGGAUGAGUCAAAGAAACUGGAGCACAGAUUGGUCCUUGGAAAGCUCCGCCUUUGCACCCAGGCCUCAGUGCGCCACAGUGAUCUUGCGACCACGGCCCUCUCGAGGGUAGAGUGGUGCAGGGUAGUGGGAGAAGAGACCAUCCUUGGGUUGAGGGCAAGGGCUGGCAAGACCAAGAGUGGACCACGCCCUUGGGCAGCCUCUUGGUUGGGAGUUAGGCCAGAGAAUGACCGCUGGUUAUUUGUCCUGGCAGAUCUCCUUUUGAAAGCGCACGGCAGCAGCUGGGCAACCCAUGGGUUCCUAGGCUGUGCCAGUGACGGAAAAGGAUCUUUUGCAGCGGCGCCCCCAUGCAUUGGGGAGGAUGUCGUGCUGGCCAAGCAGGCCAUCAUGGAGGACUUCGACGCAGGGAGGUCAGUUCCCCUGUCCGUACAUGAGGUCCAAGGCCUUCGCUGGCAUUCUUGCAAGAAUACGCUGACCACGCUGAUGGUGCACACCGGAGUCAAGUCCCGGUCUAUCCGCUAUCAAGGUGCGUGGAGAAAGGCCAGUGAAACCAUGAUUGAUUUGUACCUACGGGAGGUGCAAGUCCUCGUAAUCAAAGCACAGAUGGAGGUGCUGGACCAGGUGAGGCGAGGGGUCACUCUGAGUGUUCUGGAAGGUCGCCCUCUCAAUCUGGUGCCAGGUCAAUCCUGCUGGAAGAGUCCAGAAGCUAUGUUUAAAGAAAAAGCACCUGUUGGAGUCCCCCCGGAGGAAGCCGUUCGAGCCAUGGAAGCCGCCGUCGUCUGCGUUGCUGAUGAGGAGGGAGGCGAGGUGAAGAUCCGGGGUAGUUGCCCUGUCGCCCCACAGGACUUGCCAGAAGCCUUCAAAGAUCCUAGUUUGGGAUCGUCUACAAGUUUGGUGAAGAAGCUGCAGGAGGAGCGCUUGGUUCAGAAGGAAUGCAUGGAUGCCCUUACAAAGGAAAUAGAGUCUGAACUGGAAGGGUCGAACCCUGAUUCUGACCUGGACUCGGAUGAUAGUGAUGCGGAGCCCGAAGCAGCGGACAUGGCCUUGCUGCCGUUCUUCAUUUGCUCUGCCACGGGCCUGGGAAAGGUCCACAGGCCUGGUGAGUCUGUCCUUGGGCAGGCAGAGGGUUUAGGGCCCGCCUGUGGAGUCCAGGGAAAGAGGUUCGAGGCCCUUACUCUAACCGAGAAUUGGGGCAACUACGCGCUGUGUGAGAGGUGCUUUGGGAAGGCGGCCGGCUGCCCAGAGCUUUGUGGGUAUGAAACCCAAAAGAACGGUGAGUUGGUGCGAUGCGCCCGACGAUGCGCGCCGGAGGCAAUGGAAGAUCAUCCUGAAGGACAUCGGGACCUGCUUUUCGGCACAACACACAGGUGCUCAAUCCACGCCGUGGAGAAGGACGAAUGA